AUUUAAUAUUAGACAAGUGUGAUUAUUAGCAACUCUGCUUUGGAAUCAGUAUUACCAACAUUAUAAUUCAAAUCCGAAAAAUUCACAAGCAAUAUUGACAUUUGUCAAAAGCCGAAAAAGCGGCCAUAAAAAUUAAGUUUUAUUUUUUGUUAAACAUCAUUUGCUGAUUUUUAAUAAACUGUGUUCAAUUAUUGAAACGAAGUUAUUUAGGAAAGGAAAGACGCAAGCAUGGCUGAGUAUCUGGCGUCCAUUUUCGGCACCGAAAAGGAUAAAGUAAAUUGCUCAUUUUACUUCAAAAUCGGAGCAUGCCGCCAUGGCGACCGUUGUUCACGUAUUCACAAUAAGCCAACGUUUUCGCAAACCGUGCUACUCCAGAAUCUUUACGUAAACCCCCAGAACUCGGCUAAGUCGGCUGAUGGGUCACAUUUAGUGGCGAAUGUUUCUGACGAAGAAAUGCAGGAACAUUACGAUAACUUCUUCGAAGAUGUUUUUGUUGAGUGUGAGGAUAAGUAUGGCGAAAUCGAGGAGAUGAAUGUUUGCGAUAAUUUAGGAGAUCACCUAGUAGGUAACGUUUACAUUAAAUUCCGUCAUGAACAAGAUGCUGAAAAGGCGGCGAAUGAUUUGAAUAAUCGUUGGUUUGGAGGGAGACCGGUAUAUUCGGAGUUAUCACCUGUUACCGAUUUCCGCGAGGCAUGUUGCCGUCAAUAUGAAAUGGGCGAAUGUACACGAUCCGGAUUUUGCAAUUUCAUGCAUUUAAAACCGAUUUCAAGAGAACUGCGAAGGUAUCUUUACUCUCGUCGGCGACGAUCACGUUCCCGUUCACGUUCUCCACGUCGUCGGCGUUCUCGUUCACGCGAUAGACGCCGUUCUCGUAGUCGGGAAGGUCGCGGGGGCGGUAGUGGUGACGGGCGAAAAGGACGUUAUUGAAUAAGAGAUGCACCAAUUUUAUUGUAAUGUUUCCAGAAUUAAAAGCGGGGUUUCAAAGCAAGAAGCUGCAUUAUUCACUAGAUGAUGUCCUCUUUUUUCACUAUGUAUUCAGUCAAUCAAUCUAAUAAAACGAUGAUUUACUAGAACUAA